CAGUUUAAAGUGUCAGGUUGCUUCUUUUUCCUUUUCUUUGCUAAGUUUGAACAAUGAUCACUGUCAAUUCGGAUGGAAAAAUAAUGGUCAGAAGAUGUCUCGUCACCUUGAGACCUUUUAGGAUAUUUGUGCUGGGAAUUGGAUUUUUCACCCUAUGCUUCUUAAUGACAUCGCUGGGAGGUCAGUUUUCAGCCAAGCGACUGGGAGACUCUCCCUUCACCAUCAGAACCGAAGUGAUGGGCGCUCUGGAGUCCAGAGGGGUGCUGCGGAAAAUGAGCGACAUGCUGGAGAUGAUGGUGAAGAGGAUGGACGUGCUGGCCAGGCUGGAGAACAGCACUGACUUCCGGAAAGGGGAGGAAGCUCAUUACCCUGUGGACAGGUUCCAGCCAGCAGUGGGUUUGAUGGAGAGGAUCCAAGCUAUUGCUCAGAAUGUCUCUGACAUAGCAAUAAAAGUAGACCAGAUUCUGCGCAACAGCCUCAUGAAUGGAAAAGUGGUUGAAGGUAGGCGAGACCAGUGUGAGGCACCCAGAGACCCCAAGUACCCUGACUGCUCUGGAAAAGUGGAGUGGAUGAGGGCCAGGUGGACUUCUGACCCCUGCUACGCGUUUUUUGGUGUGGAUGGCACAGAAUGCUCCUUCCUCAUCUACCUCAGUGAAGUUGAGUGGUUUUGUCCUCCACUGCCAUGGAGAAAUCAGACGGCAGCCCUGCCUUCACCCAAGCCACUGCCCAAGGCACAGGCAGCUUUUCGGAGCGACCUCUCUUACCUCCUUGAGCUGAUUGGGAGCGGUAAGGAAUCACUGAUCUUCAUGAAGAAGAGGAUCCGGCACUUGGCCAUGCAGUGGAUUCUAGCAACCCGACGCCUGGAGCAGAAACUGAAGGGCAGACGGAGGGAUCAGAAGCAGAUUUUGGUUCAUAUUGGCUUCCUGACCGAGGAAUCAGGGGAUGUCUUCAGCCCCAGAGUGCUGAAAGGAGGGCCUCUGGGUGAGAUGGUCCAAUGGGCAGACAUCUUGGCAGCCCUCUUCAUUCUGGGACACAGCCUGAAAGUCACGGUCUCUUUGAAAGAGCUGCAAAGUAAUUUAGGGGUGCCUCCUGGACGGGGCAAUUGCCCCUUGACGAUCCCUUUGCCUUUUGACCUCAUUUACACUGAUUACCAUGGCUUACAGCAAAUGAAGCAACACAUGGGGCUCUCCUUUAAGAAAUACAGGUGCCGUGUUCGGGUCAUUGAUACCUUUGGGACAGAGCCAGCUUACAAUCAUGAAGAGUAUGCCACCCUGCACGGCUACCGGACGAACUGGGGGUACUGGAACCUGAACCCCAAGCAGUUCAUGACGAUGUUUCCCCACACUCCUGACAACUCUUUCAUGGGCUUUGUGUCUGAGGAGCUCAACGAGACUGAGAAGCAGUUCAUCAAGUCCAACAAAGUAAGCAACAUGGCAGUGGUGUAUGGGAAGGAAGCCAGCAUUUGGAAGCUGCAGGGCAAAGAGAAGUUCCUGGCCAUCCUCAACAAGUACAUGGAAAUCCAUGGCACUGUUUAUUAUGAAACCCAACGUCCUCCUGAGGUCCCAGCCUUUGUCAAGAACCAUGGCCUUUUGCCACAGCAUGAAUUCCAGCAGCUGCUGAGAAAAGCCAAGCUCUUCAUAGGCUUUGGGUUCCCAUAUGAAGGUCCUGCCCCUUUGGAAGCCAUAGCCAAUGGUUGUGUUUUCCUGCAGUCUCGUUUCAAUCCACCACACAGCUCCCUCAAUCACGAAUUCUUCCGGGGGAAGCCUACAUCAAGAGAGGUAUCCUCCCAACACCCCUAUGUUGAGGACUUCAUAGGGAAGCCUCACGUAUGGACAGUGGACUACAAUAACUCCGAGGAGUUUGAAGCUGCUAUCAAAGCAAUUAUGAGGACCAAGGUGGACCCUUACCUGCCCUAUGAAUACACCUGUGAGGGAAUGCUGGAGCGGAUUCACGCUUAUAUUCAGCACCAGGAUUUUUGUGCUGGAGCUGCUGCUUCUCUAUCAGCAAAGCCCGGCAGCCAUGCUAUGCAAAGCUCUCUGAGCCCCUUCACCCUGUUGCCCAAUGCCAGCCACCUGAUGUGGGCACGCAAUGCCAGCAGCAGCCCCCAGGCCUGGCCUCCCAUGAACUCCAUGCAGGUGUGGGUGUCUGAGGUGCGGAGGGCCUGCACCGAGACCUGUCAGGAGCAUGGGCUGGUCUGCGAGCCAACGUUCUUCAAGUUCCUCAACAAAAAGGACGUGUUUCUCCAGCUUAACAUCGCCUGCGACAGCACCGAGUACGAGAUGAACCACCUGUACCCAGCUGUGGCCGAGAACGUCCGGGAGUGCUACCUCCAGAAGGAACCGCUGCUCUACAGCUGCGCCGGCUACAGCACCAAGUACCGACGCCUCUGCCCAUGCCGCGAUUACCGGAAAGGACAAGUGGCUCUGUGCAGGGACUGCUUGUGAUCCUGCUCCCGAAGCCUGGCAGCGUGUGUUGCUGCACACCAUGUGCAAUGAGUAGCUUUUUCUCAAAGCUUCUGCAAUACUUGAGAAGAGCAGGACGGGUCCCUCUUCUUGGAAACUCCUGUUGAGACUUGGAUGUCAGCCUCUGUGGGUUGUGUGUCUGCCAGUCGACCGUGAAUGACCAUUGCCUGAUGUUGGGUUUUAGUUUUAUUUUCCCCUUGAGAAACAUCUCCCACCGCCAAACCCACCUGGACCUCAGAGGAGCUGGGAGGGACCCCUCAGCCCUAUCAGAAAGACAAGGCACCAGCAGCCUCCAGUUUGGGGUUUCAUCCUCUUUUAACAUCCUUGAUUUGUUUAUUUAUUAUUUUUUAAAUCUGACGAGCAGUAAAUUAAAACAGAAA